CGAUUGUCAACUUAGAGAGUAGAGACACACAUGGUGCAAUGUUUAUGUAAACAGAGAUAAGUGUUUUUUAAACACCUCGAGAGUAAUUUGUAUGCUGCACUUAUCUUUGAUAUGUCACUGAUCUGUGUGAUAAUAAUACUACUUAGACGAUGUUCGUAGUUCGCAAAACAGCAAAGACUUUGCCAUUGAGGGUUGUCGACGCGACCCGCGGCUGCACGGCGAGCUGCCGGGAAAUGGAAGGAGUCAAAGCUGACCUGUGGGGCAUGUUCCUGGCGUCGGUGAGCGCGGUUGACCCGUGCAGGCUGGUGAGGGACGCGAUGGCGGUCAGCGGCGACUCGCUAGUCGUGCGCGGGGCGCGGUACGCCCUGUGCGGGAACUGCCUCGUGGUGGGGUUCGGCAAGGCCGUGCUGGGGAUGGCUGCCGAGGCGGAGCGGAUCCUGGGCGACCGCGUGGUCGCGGGGGCGGUGAGCGUCCCGCGGGGCAUCCUGGGAACCCUGGCGGACAAGCGGGAGAUGCUGCCCGACCCCGGGAGCAGGCUGGAGGUGCACGAGGGCGCCGCCCGCAACCUGCCGGACCCCGCGGCGGCGCGAGCCGCCGGGAGGAUCAAGGAGAUCGCGGAGUCUGCUGGCGAGGGUGAUGUCCUACUGGUCUUGGUGUCUGGUGGAGGGUCCGCCCUCCUCCCCGCGCCCCGCCCACCUGUGACCUUGGAGGAGAAGUGCCGCGUCAUCACGCUGCUAGCCUCCGCGGGGGCAGACAUCAUGGAGCUCAACUGCGUCCGCAAGAGGCUGUCCCUGCUGAAGGGCGGCGGGCUUGCGAGGGCGGCGUCUCCCGCUCGCGUGGUGACCCUGGUCCUCUCGGACGUCAUCGGGGAUCCCCUGGACUUCAUUGCCAGCGGCCCCACGGUUCCCAACACCGACCCACCUGACGCCCCGAUCGACGUGAUCCGCAAGCACCGCCUGUUGGAUGAGGUGCCCUCGUCUGUUAUCUGCAGCCUCCGCGAAAGUUCGGAAGAGUCGGCCGGAACUGAUGGCUUCGAUCACGUUCAGAAUGUGAUCAUCGGUAGUAACACAUUAGCUGUCGAAAGUGCCAAAAACGAAGCGAGCAGGUGCGGUUACUUUCCUGCUGUCCUGUCAACGAGGAUACAGGGGCUCGUGAAGAACGUGGGGAAAAUGUAUGCAGACCUCGCAGGAGAGAUAUGUAAGUGCAUUAGUGACGAAGCUAAUAAUCUUCCUGCACUCUUGAGUUCCUUCAAGGAAAGAUAUGAGUUGUUGGAGAACGUGGAGAGCGAGAUCAUGUGUGGGGUGGAGAGGGCAGUGUCUGGUCAGGGCUUGUGUCUGAUAGCAGGCGGCGAGACGACUGUCCUAGUACGCGGGAAAGGCGUGGGAGGCAGGAAUCAGGAACUGGCUCUGGAAUUUGCGAUGAGCUUGCACGCGCUGGGGAGAGAUGAGCCGUGCUUGGCGGGGUUCGACAUUGCGCUGCUGAGCUGUGGCACGGACGGUAUCGACGGCCCCACCAGUGCUGCCGGUGCCAUUGGCCACGCUGCCCAGUGCUCCGACGACAGUUUCAAACCAUCGCGAUUCCUGGCCAACAACGACUCGCACAGUUUCUACCGUUGUUUUAAGGGAGGGAGCGAUCUAGUUACGAUAGGCCACACUGGUACUAAUGUCAUGGACAUACAUAUUUUAGCUAUAAAGAAAAAAAUAUAGGACGUAUUUUGAUUUUAUGUACCUAUUUAUAUUCUGCAAUUAGCAGUUUAGAAUAUGAUAUACAUUUGGGACCAGUUCACUAUAUUUUUUAAAUAAAAAACAUAAUAAUGUGAUUGUUUUAUUGAAUUGCUGAAAUGAUUGUUUUCUAUUGGCAAAGCUGCAUCAAAAUAACAAAAGACAUAGCUACAAAUAAAACAUCAGAUCAAAAAAAAUAUAUAAGUUUAGAUCUAAGUACAUCAAUCCCCCACUUAGCUCGACUAAUACGUUCCUAAAAUUGUUAAUGUUAUUUAAAAUUUAUUAUUCUGAAGCAUUAGUUAAUCUCCAUAAAUAGCAAGGCUGAUUUACUUAGUGUGUUCCAAAAUGCGUAGGGAAAAAAAUUAUUUACGUAAUAUAAAUGCUUAGAAUAAUACUUAACAAUAAAUGGUGUCACGCCAUUUAUAUUUAUAAGCCUACCAUUGAAUACUUUGUAUGACAAAUACGAUACCACGUAACGGGAGACAGGUGGUUAUGUAGUUAGUCAGUCAGCUGGUUGGCUUUGUCUGUCCGGGAGUAUCCAACUCCCGUUGCGUAUCUUUCCAUGAACUUUCCAAACCAUCCUUUACUGGCAGUGAAACUGAUACGGCUGUCCGGAUAUUUACUUUUUAAUUCUUCAAAAAUUAAAGUUUUUACUCGCUUAUCACUGCUUGGUUAACACAAAUCCUGUCAGGCCCAUGAUUAUUUUUGUAUCAUUUAUUUAACAACCUUUUCUAUGUGAAUCAUCUUGUUCAUUUCUGUUCCAGUAUCUAAUGUCAAGUGUAUUCCCACUAGUACAAACAACAGCAUCAGACAUAUAAAUAUUUGAUAGAAUCCUUAUUUCAUACAAUUGUGAGCACAGUUGAUUUGCGACCAACAUAAGUGUGGCCUUCAUGACAUUCUGCACACCAUAAUACUUCUAGUUUGGUCUCAAAUACUUGAAAACGAUGCAUUACGCUCUCACUUGGAAGCCAUGAUUUCAAUAUGAUUCCAACUGCAGGUGCUUGCACAUGUACAGUUACCAGCAGACGAAUGGGCAGAUGUUGCUUUGAUAUUGUGCGUGCGAGUUCCCUGCCACUGGCUAAACUGAAGUUCAUCAUGGCCUGGUCUGUGGCCCUGCGGCGUUAGCGCGGACGUAAAAACAUUUGGUCCUUUACACUCCAUAGCUGCAACUGAACUUUCCAUAGCUGAUGUUUGUACAAUAGCCAAUAGCGUAGUCAGUCCAGCGGGCGCAUCUCUUCCCCCCUCGUAUGGCUUACUCUAUGCCACGGCACAUCUGUUGUUUACUGAGUUGAAUCAGACUUUGUGGCAUUAUGCCCAAUUUUUUUUUCCUGUGGCGAUUUUGUGCUAAGGGAAAUUUACAGAUGUGCUAUCCAAGACUGGGGCAGUAAAAUUAACAUAGCGCUAAA